GUGAUUUUGGUAGAACAAUCAUUAAUCAACUUUCUUGAGUUAAAUUAAAGUAGAAGAUUACAUUAUCAAUUAAAUCAACACACAAUGUCUCUAGCUGGGAAAGUGGAGGCUCAUGUUGAAAUGAAGGCUCCAGCUUCAAAGCUUCAUGAAAUCAUCACGAAACGACCACACCAUAUUUCCAAUGUUUCUGGAGACAAAAUACAAGGUUGUCGGUUACACCAGGGUGAUUGGGGACAAGUUGGUUCUAUCAUCUAUUGGAACUACUUUCAUGAUGGAGAAGCAAAGGUGGCAAAGCAUUUAGUUGAAGCAGUUGAUGAGGAGAAGAACAUGAUUAUUUUCAAAGUGCUUGAAGCAGACCUUCUAAAGCAUUACAAAAACUUCAGGUUUAUAAUUCAAAUUACUCCAAAGGGAAAGGGAAGUGUAGCUCACUGUACUUUAGAAUAUGAGAAGUUGCAUGGAAAGAUUCCUGAUUCACAUUCAAUGCUGAAGUUAUGUGAAGAAGUCUGCAAAGAUCUUGAUGCUCAUCUUAUGGAAGGCAAUUAAGGAUUUUAUACUAUGAUAUGUAUAAAUUAAGUACUAUACUCUAUGUUUUUAUAAAAUAAUUGCUUGUAAUAAGCAUAUGUUCUCUUCAUGCACUGGACAAUAUUAAUAAUGGUGGUCAAAUAUACUAAAUGUAACCUAUGUACUCAUAAAUUAUGGUUUGGGAAUAAAAGUACUAACGUUAUGAUAUUAUCAUUAC